CGCCGGACGCGCAGAGCCGGGGGCUGCGGGGCCGACGGCUGCCGGGCGAGCGCGCACGGGGUCGCGGCGCGGGGGCGUCCCCGGCCGGGACGCGGGGGCGUCGGUGCCCGGGGAGCGCCCGGAUCGCAGGCUGCCAAUGCCCAGACCCCAGAGUACCCCCGGCACCACCAUGACUGGGCCACUAAAGAGGAAGUUUGACCAGCUGGAUGAGGACUCCUCCUCGCUCUGCUCCUCCUCCUCCUCUUUGUCUUCCCCGGGCCACCGUUCUUGCUCCUGCUCUCCCAGCUCUUCAGUCUCCCUGGCCUGGGACUCGGAUGAGGAGGGCCCCUGGGAUCACUUGCCCUUGCCUGCCCGUGACUUCUGUGGCUUCCGAAGUUUCACGCCCCUGUCCAUCCUGAAGAGGGCUCCCCGGAAGCGUCCAGGCCGCGUAGCCUUCGAUGGCAUCACUGUCUUCUACUUUCCCCGGUGCCAAGGCUUCACCAGCGUGCCCAGCCGAGGUGGCUGCACUCUGGGUAUGGCCCCCCGCCACACUGCCUGCCGCCGCUUCUCCUUGGCUGAAUUUACACAGGAGCAAGCCCGGGCACGGCGUGAGAAGCUGCGCCUACGCUUGAAGGAGGAGAAGUUGGAGGCUCUACGGUGGAAGUUCGCGGAGUCUGGGGUACCCGAGACGGAGGCCAGCCUGCCACUCACAGUGGACGCCAUCGAUGACGCCUCUGUAGAAGAGGACCUGGCUGUGGCCGUGGCAGGUGGCCGAUUGGAGGAGAUGACCUUCCUACAGCCCUACCCGGCCCGGCGGCGACGGGCUCUGCUGCGGGCUGCUGGUGUGCGGAGGAUCGAUCGCGAGGAGAGGCGGGAGCUGCAGGCCCUGCGCCAGUCCCGGGAGGACUGCGGCUGUCGCUGUGAUCGGGUCUGUGACCCUGAGACCUGCAGCUGCAGUCUGGCGGGCAUCAAGUGCCAGAUGGACCACACUGCGUUCCCUUGCGGCUGCUGCAGGGAGGGCUGCGAGAACCCCAAGGGCCGCGUGGAAUUCAAUCAGGCCCGGGUGCAGACUCACUUCCUGCACACGCUCACCCGCCUGCAGCUGGAGCAGGGGGCUGAGAGCCUGGGGGAGCUGGAGGCUCCUGCCCCGGGCAGCCCAGCCAGCCCCGCUGAGCAGGCCCUGGCUCCUGCUUUUCCUCUGGCCAAGCCCCCUGUGAGCAGUGAGCUGGGCGAGAACAGCUGUAGCAGCGACAUGACCGACUCGUCCACAGCUUCGGGUAUAAGUGAGGCCCCCAGCAGCGCCACGCACCCAGCCCUGCCUGGCCCUGGCUUCCAGCCUGACGUGGAUGAUGACAGCCUGGCCCGGGUCCUGAGUCUCAGUGACUCUGACCUAGGAGGAGAGGAGGAGGAGGAAGAGGAAGGGGGGGUGGGGGGCCUCGACAACCUCAGCUGCUUCCACCCCGCUGAUAUCUUUGGUACUGGUGACCCUGGUGGCCUGGCCGGCUGGACCCACAGCUAUUCCAGCUCUAGCCUCACGUCGGGCAUCCUGGAUGAAAAUGCCAACCUGGAUGCCAGCUUCUUCCUAAACGGGGGCCUUGUGGGGUUGGGAGAAGGCAGCCUCCCUGGCACCUCGGUGCUGCCCAGCUCGGACGCUGGCCAGAGCGACUCUGUGGACCUCAGCUUGUCUUCCUGUGACUCCUUCGAGCUGCUCCAGGCCCUGCCGGACUAUAGUCUGGGGCCUCACUACACCUCCCGGAAGGUGUCUGACAGCCUGGACAACCUCGAGGCACCCUGCUUCCCCUUGCCUGCCUUUUCUCCACCAGGGGACGCUGGCGCUUGCUUCCUGGAGUCCAUCAUGGGCCUGCCUGACGCAGCUGCCGAGGCCCUGACUCCCUUCGUGGACAGCCAGCUGUUUGAGGAUGCUGCCCCCGCGCCUCUGGUGGGGCCAGUGCCUGUGUGAGGACCAGGGUACCUCCCGUGGUCCUGAGAGCCCCAAGAGCUGCCUUGUAGUAAUAAUGAGGACUCCCUGAGGUCUGUAUGUUAAGGGUUUCCCUUUGGCUGGCUCAUCCAUGUGGGCACUCCUGAUUUUUGUGCAACACUCUGGAUUGAUUUAUUUAUUUUUGUAACUUUCUGUGCUGAAGAGAGGGCGGGGAGGGGGCUUUCCUUUUCAGCCACUCGGCCCCCCACCCCCACCCCCAAAGCCCAUACAGUCUCUACUUCCACUUCCACGGUGCGUGCCAGGAACAGGAGGAAACAGGGCUCCUCUGGAGCUUUGCAGACCCGUUUUUGGUCUUGUGUGAUGUUCCUUAGCCCGAACAAUACAAGGCUGAGAUCAGCCACUUCUAAUGGCUUCUUCUGCUACCCUGAGCCCCAGACCCACCCAGGUGGCUGUAUUUUCUGGACUGUGAAGACUAUAAUUUAUUUCCAUAAUUUAUUUGGAGACUAGAUGGCACAGGCUUCUCCCCUCUGGAUGAGGGGCCGUGCUGGGGUCAGGGUGGGGCACAGACCCCUGUAAGGCCCUUUUGCCUUGUAGUCCCACAACCCUGCCCUGCCUGGGCUUUGGUAUAAAGCAGGUGUGAACCUGGGCCCUAUGUCUCCUGGGGCAGAUGCCUGGCUCUUGGUGGGUAGCUGAGGACAGCAUCGCGGUAGGGGGCUGGGCCGGACUGCCCAACCGUGACCAAAACCCGCUUCUGCCCCACACAGCCCCCUCUGCUUCCUGUCCUCUGCCUCUUCAUCUUCCUCCCUGAAGGCCACAGCCUUUACCUGGGCCAGUAAUGUAGAAGGGAAGCAGGAGGCCCAGAGAGGGCAAGGGGCUAACCUCGGGGCCCGCAGCAUGCCCCUGACUGCUAUCUCAGGGCUUUCUGGGCACUGCCUGCCUGCCUGGGCCACCUGCCCAUGCUCUAAGGUCAGUUGGCUGGGGUGAGGGGUAGCCCCUUUGCAGCUCCUAUGCCCUUCAUUUGCUGGGGUUGAGUUUUGCAUCCUUAUUUCUGUAUCGUCCUUGAGUGUUAGAACUAUAAUUUAUUCAUUUUUCUCUAUGUCUGUGCCAAGAAGCCCAGGCUCUGGGCCUACCUUCUUGCCCAGGAGGCCUUGCCAGCCUGUGUGCUUGUGGGAACACCUUGUACGUGAGCUUACAGGUACCAAUAAAGAGGCUCUAUUUUUAACA